AUGGACGGAAUUAGUCGUGCAUUUCAAUUUGUGCUUGACCCUUUUCAUAAGGAAAAAAAGCCCGAAAAAUCGGCCACGGCUCCCUUUGAUCAGCCUUAUCUUGAACCAUCACGAUGGUUUCUAACCGAAGAGGAAAUGUGCACGUCACGUGAUGGCUACAAACGCGAAGGAAUGCAUUUGUAUACCAAGGGCAACAACGUUAAGCUCUACGCUGCCACUGCUGAUUAUUUUAACGACGUAGCCGAUGAUAUGCUCGAAGUACGUCGUGGAGAUCUUGUGUAUCUCACAGGUUGGGGAACCUGCAAUGUGCCUUUCAAACCACAUGAACCCGACACCAAGUUGUGCAAUUUAGCUGAGACUGCUGUCAAGCGCGGUGCCGACUGGCGCAUGCUUAUAUGGUCAAACGUCACGGAGCGUGCACAGAAUCACGAAGUGCGCGACCUGAUCAAUUCGCUGCCGCCACCAGAGAACCAUGGCCCUGCGCGCUUCGUGUACGACGACCGUCUGCCACACGCUACGUCGUCGCACCACCAAAAGUCUGUGAUUAUACGCAAGAGUCGCGACCUUGUGGCUUAUGUUGGCGGUGUAGACCUGACCAGUGACCGCUGGGACACGAUUGAGCAUGACCAGGCCAAGCUCCGUGAACGUACGGGUAUCAAGCGCCUCUGGAACGGCUGGCUGGAUGCUCACGCGCGUAUCGAAGGUCCCGCCACCAAGGACGUAGCGUGCAACUUUUUGGAUCGCUGGAACUCAGACCACAAGCCGUCGCAGGAUCUCUUGGACGACUUGUUGGACUUUGAAAAUCCUGACUUCUCAAAGCUACCGCCUAUUGACGCGAGCGAGACACCGUUAGACAUCCCUCAGGAUGGCACCCAUGCUGUGCAGCUGUGCCGUACAUUUAGCCCCGACUACGACCACUACGACUUUGCGCCACAGGGUGAGCAGUCUAUCUUCCACGCUCGUAUCAAGGCUAUUCGCAACGCGCAGAACUACAUUUUCAUUCAGGAUCAGUACUUCAUCCUCGUGCCAGAGCUGCUAGAGGCUAUCAUGGAUAUGAUGCCAAGCAUCGAGCGUCUUAUUAUCAUCGUUCAGCGCACAGUCGAGGCCAGUUACACUGGCUACGCCAAGUACCUGUACGACAUGGUGUCCCCCAUCCAGAAGGCAUAUCCGGACAAGUUCAAGUUGUACUCAACCAAGGAGUCGAAAGAGCUGUACAUCCACAGCAAGCUGGUGAUCAUCGAUGACGUGUACGUCUCGCUGGGUUCGGCCAACUGGAACCGCCGCAGCAUGACAAGCGACACGGAAAUCGGCAUCAACAUCGUGGACACGGAGCUUGUCCAGUCGCCCGAAAACAUCACGGUGAACAAGCUGGCACGCAACUACCGUAUUCAGAAGUUCAUGGAGGCGACGAAGCUAACGUACGAUGAGUUGGAUGCCAUGACCUUCUUGGAGACGUGUGACGCUCUUGAAGCUGCAGCUCACGACGACGGCUCUAGCCUGAUUGAGCCCUAUUCUGCGGUGGAGCAAGCGGGUUUUGACUUUGUUCCAGACGCUCUGCGCCAAAUCGUGGAUCCGGAUGUUGAGGAGGAGACAUAA